UGAUUCUGCACCCCCAUCAAGGCUCAUAACAAGACUUCAAUAUUGCGAACAUAAUGGUCCUCACGUUUUUGACAGUUGUGGCAGUCAUCGCUUCCAUUGCAGAGGGCCUCGGCUUUGACUUCUUUGACGCGGACCUGCAGCUCACGGAGCAGGAUAUCCACAACUUCAAAGCGAUCGAGUUUGCCAGCGCGCCAGCGAGUGAAAUAGAAAAGACAAAUCCGCGGUGCAAGAACUUCCCAGGCGAUGGAGCCUGGCCCACGGAAACAGAAUGGUCCCAGCUUAAUUCCUCUGUCGGGGGCGCCCUUCUCAAGCCUGUCCCGCCAGCAUCCGUCUGCUACCACAGCUCGCCAGCCUUCAACGAAGCAGCCUGCAACUUUCUCCUAAACAACGCGAGCCGCACAUCAUUCUAUUUUGAUGAUCCAGUCACCAUCUUCAACUACUGGGCCCAGGGAAAUACGUGCCUGCCAGCUGAGAACCCAACCGGCAACUGUACACAGGGUGGCUAUCCCGUCUAUGUGGUCAACGCCACGUCGGUGAAGCAGGUUCAAGCUGCGGUCAACUUUGCGAGGAACAGAAACAUUAGGCUGGUGAUCAAGAACACUGGCCACGAAUCCGUCGGGAGGAACGCCGGGGCAGGCUCUCUCAGCAUUUGGACACAUCAUCUUAAGACAUUUAAGUUUCUGCCCGACUACAAGCAACCGGAGGGGAACUACCACGGACCAGCCGCCCGAGUUGGCGCUGGCCUUCAGGCAUGGGAGGCGUUUCGCCAAGCACUUAAACUUAACAUUACGCUCACAGCAGCGUCAUGCGUCACCGUUGGCUCUUAUGGCGGCUGGAUAAGUGGCGGAGGACACUCUCCAUUGAGUUCCAAGUUUGGGCUUGGAGCUGACCAGGUUCUUUCCAUUCAGGCCGUAACAGCCGAUGGUCGCUACAUAACCGCAGACCCGCAAACAAACCAAGAUAUGUUUUUCGCUUUGCGCGGAGGCGGCGGUAGCACUUUUGGUGUGAUUACUUCUGUCAUCGUGAAGGCCCAUCCGCCAAUCAAUCUAACGAUUGCGAGCUUCACCUUUACUCUGGGCAGCAGCUUGUCCACGGAACCGGGGCCAAGCGUCACAAUUACCGACAAAGACACAUUUUGGAAGGGGUUUAAUACUGUCUUCCAAUUCGGCAUCACCACAGUAGACGCUGGCGGAUACUUAUGGACAUUUGGAAUCCCAAUAACUGACGUCAGCAUCCAAAUGCAAGUGCAAGUCCAGAUGCCAGGUCAGACGCCAACCGAGACGGCUGCCUUUGUGAAGCCGUUACUCACGUCCCUCAACACGAUUGGAAUUCCAGUUGCAAUCACCAAUCCAACAACGAUCGUGUACAGCAACCAGACCGGGCCCAUAAGCGGCGGUCCCGGCAAUGGGCGUUUUGCCUCAAGGCUAUUUCCUCGCAGGGCGUACCAGUCGCCGACUCUAUUCAACGCCGCCAUGGCCGCUGCUCGAGCUGCUAUUGAGGGUGGGUAUUUGUUCCACGGGCUCAAUAUGGCGCCGACGCUGAGAGCGGCCGGAUUUCCAGCGUCUGCAGGUGUCAAUCCAGUGUGGCGAGAGGCGGUGAUGCACGCAGACAUGUUUGAUCCCACAAGCCUAUCCUCUGCCACACCUGCCGAGGCUGAGGCAGCACACACGAGACUCAAUGCAUUCAUGGCACCGCUCCGUGCAGCGACACCGGGCGGAGGCGCUUACCUGAACGAAGCAGAUCUCGAAGAGCCAAAUUGGCAACAGAGCUUCUUUGGUACAAACUACGAGAGAUUGCUACAAAUCAAGCGAUUGCGAGACCCGUGGCAAGUAUUUUGGGCGCCAGCAACGGUUGGCAGUGAAGACUGGAUCGUGACAACGCCAAACCAAGUCCCAUCACAGAACGGACGUCUUUGUCGAGUGUCCGGAGAAUCGUAG